UCAUUAUAUUUGAUAAUCGUGGAAUGGGUAAAUCGAGCGUUGUUUCACCCUAUGAACCUAUUUCAAUUGAUUUGAUGGCACAAGAUACAAUCGCAUUGGUCAAGCAUCUAGGAAUCAAAAGAUUUAAUUUGUUAGGAUGGUCUGUGGGAGGUCUUAUUGCAGUUAAUGUGGCAUCAAAUCUUCCAUUGGGUCUUGAACUAGAGAAACUUAUUAUUUGUGCAAG